CACAAGCUAGGUGGAUGAUGAGGUAGACAGCAGGCCACGACGUCUUGCGUCCAUGGAGUGUUUGCAAGAGACGCACGCAAAUGGACGACGGCGCCUGUUCUGGGGAGGCCGUCCGGCUGUCCAACAACCCGAACCGUCCCUUCGUCUCCCUCCGCCACCAACAGCUGAGCUCAGUGUUGUCGCUCCGGGCAACAGGCCAUCGCGUAUGUUUCGUUCUGCUACUCUGAUAUCCCCAGCGCUGCUGCGUGGCUGACUCGUACUGGGAAAACGUACAAAUGAUAUCAUCCCGUGCGUAUGCUCCCGAUUUCAGACAAGCUCAAACCCAGCCCGCCCACAGCCUCCAUGGUGCUCCUCUACGCGCUUCCUGGCCAUAGACGAUACAACGUGUGCGCAUCCACGAACACCUUAUAGCACUCUAGCGCCCAUCAGUUUCGCCCUCAACGCGACCAGGAACUCACUUCCGGCCCCCAUCCUCGCUCUGCCGUCUUCCCUUCCGUCCUCGGAUGCUCCGCAUCUCGUCUUCAAGGCAGUCAUCCCCCUUCGCACAUCGGAUGGUGGACAUGCCACAAGUGUUGUCGCUCUCCACCGGUGGUCGACGACGACACGGCGUGUGCCGUAGACCUGGCCCUCGACGCUCAGCAGACCCAGCACGCCCUCCUUCCGGCUGGUCCCCCGAGCGGGAACGGACGUCCCCUACCUGUCAAGGUGAGUCCCCCUACGCCGGUCAGUCGCCCUACUCCCGUCCUCUGCGGGUAUACCCCUAUGUGUUGCUGAGAGAGGGUCGAACCAACUCCGCGCGGUAUGGUCGGCCCGCGGGUGAGUCGUUGGCAAACUUUCAUCUUGCUCGCCCUGCGUCUCUCUUCCGAUCUCUCCUUGCACGGCGUGGUCCGUGCUCGUCUGCCCAUCCUGACGGAUGCCGCCACGCCCGCGGGGAAGCACGUUCAGCCGGUGUCGCACGGACGCAGGCUGGAAUAGUGCGCUGGGGACCGAGUCGCUCGGCUCGAGGUGUGUCUGCAGUCUCUGACGUUCCCUCCCGUGCUCGCGUGACUCUUACUCGUGCGCACUGGCCACUGCUUCAUGCCCUGUCCUGAAUCUUCGUGCCAGGCGAAACGGUCUAUACAGCCAGUGCGUCGUCAGGUGGAAGAGGCCUGCAUAUCACUCCGAUCGAAUGGGGAUGUGUAUCGUGUGUAGGCGCUUUUGAUGAGACUCGUCCUGAGGCCUGUAUUCCUCCUCGCUUGCACCCAGCUAUCCCUUUUCCCUUGACUAUACAUCACAGAUCAAAAGCUGAUGUCCAUGCUUGUGUGCUGGAUCGGAGGCUUCCUGUAUCACUAUGACUCCCGACAUAAUCGCAGGACGCCUCCCCUUUAGGACGCGCCGUCUCUCGCUGCCCUCGUCGUCGCCGCGACCCGGCCCUGUCGCACGAGUCUCGCUGUCGGUCGUCCCGCUCGCCUCAAUCACGCAUCGCCGCCCGAGUCCAUCGCGGCCGGAGCAACGUCGUUCGCAACGUGCGCGUCCCGUGUAACCUAUUGGAAUGGGGAUCCGUCGCCUGCUCCGUCUCUGACCCCGUUUCUGUGGCAUCACCACGUCCGGUGUUGUCUGCGAGGUCGAGUCGACGCCCGAUGCGCGUUGUCGGUCCGCUCGACCUAGCCAUGCCUUCUUCGGCGUCUGUAACAAAGAACGCUGCGUCAUCAAAUCUCUUCCCGCGCAGCGUCCGCCUGUCUCAGGUCUCCUAUGGGCGCCUUCAGUCCGGGGCUGCCCAUUGCGAUAUUGCCUUCGCGCUUGAUGAAGCUCAUCGGAAGCAGACACUCGCGACGGGGCUUCCGGGUCCUCGACGCCCUCGUAGGGCGCGUGCGGCGUUAUAGAAGCUCCUUCUCCGCGUCCUCCUUCACGGGGCGCUCCGGUGGCAGAAUGGACGCAAUGUCGCAUAGAUCACUUGGUGCAGACGUCGGCUGCAUGUAUCCGUCUGGGUGGCGAAAGGAAGUCCUGGCCGCAAGGAAGUUCAUGUACAGCCUGAGGCCUUGGGCCUUCGGCUCCUCCCGGACGGUGCAAUGACAGAUAUGCGUGAUACUUAGGCUGGGCGUGCACUGUAGUACCGCGCUCGUGCAUCAAGCUCUCCAGCGCUGAAAAUCGGAUCGACCUGCUCGCCUCCCUCCGUGGCACCGGUAAGAGGAAGAGGGCGGCCGACACGUGGAUGCUCUGUUCCGGUCGAUUUCGUGGCACCCACUACUCCUACCCAUAUGACUCCCUGCUUCACAGACCGGGGACGGAGAUCGAGUACGGCGCUCUCAUAUAGACCAAAAACCGGACGUUUAGAUUCCAAUAUCUGGGAGGCAUUGCCAAGCACGCUUCGGGAGUUAUCGGUAUGAAGGAACAGACCUGCAAUGAAGGACACGGUGAACGUAUGGAGCCAUACUCCAUCCAGUUCCUCGCUCCUUUGAAACCUUCCCACCGGUACCCGCAGGAAGGUUCGAUCCGAAUGCCUUCUAUCCAGACAGACUUGUCUGGGUCACCCGCUAUCGCGUAUGCUAUAAGAGCGGAGGUAGGGAAGCUGAGCCUGAUGGCUGCACUGAACGGUACAUUCACUGUGCUAGUACUGGUCGCUUGGGCGGCUCUCGUCAAACAGAGACGCACUCAUUUUUACAUGACGACUGCACUCAGUCUAAUGCUCGCUCUCCUUUAUGUGUCCACCACAACGGACUUUGUCCUCAGCGUCUUGCUUUCUAUUUCUGCCCUAGGAAACAUCAUCUGUAAGGGAAUUCAGUCAGCAGCAAAGGAUUCAGACGCGUCGUGGCAACCAAAUCGGCCAUGGUACUCACUUUGCGCCCCCGUUGGCGAUUGGGUCUCCCUGCAUGGACGUUGUGCCACCAACGGCACACUUAUCAUUAACAUCUUGUGUAGAGAUGCAAUCAUCUGCUGGCGGGUCUCAUUGCUCUGGCCAGGGAACCGUAUCAUGGGAAGUGCCUUCGUUAUCUUACCGUGGGCAACGUUCGCUCUGGGAGCACUAGUUGCGAAGGAGUCUUGUUCAGGAACUGGCCUUGCGGAGAAGGUAUUCACAUACGAUGUCGCAGCAUCCGUGUUAUCUCUCUUCACGAAUCUCUUUGCAACUCUAACAGUUGCUUACAAGGCAUGGUACUCGAGAAGAUUCCUUUGCCGGUACUUGAUGGCAGGUCAUACGAGCGCGAAACUGGAGCGGCUCUUCUCUAUAUUGAUUGAGUCAGGGAUGGCAUACACUGCUCUGUGGAUUCUGGUGGUCAUCUGGCAGGUCAUGAAAACGAGUGCUUACAACGCAGAAGACGACUCUGCCCUGAAUGGACUCAAUAUUUUCAUGAAUGGAGGACUGGUGCCUAUGAUCGCAAUAUAUCCUGCCAUCAUCGCUAUACUCGUUGCGCUCAAUCGGUCUCACAUGGAUAAAGGCUUCACGGAGAGCCGGAUAGACCGUCUUACCGUCUUCCCGACCAGGUCCACUAUCAUAGUUGUUGGGGAACCUGAGGGAGCUAAGCAUGACAGCUCAUGCGACAGAGGUUCUGAAGUAUUGCACAUUGCGCACGAGAAAGUGGGAGGUUGGGAGGGAC